AUGGAUGACAUCGUACAAGCGUCGCUCUCAGCGCCGCUGAAUGACUCACGAGCACUGCACUUUUCCACGAAAUCUCCAUCGCUGUCGAGUACGGAGCAGGCGGAUGCGGACCUCGCUCCCAAGAUUCCGCAGCCCUCGGGGAUGACUUCUGCCACGCCAACAACAGCUCUAGAUGGAAUUAGGGCGGGGAUCAAACAAGACCGGCGGCCUGGAAAGCUUGACAUGCCCGAAUAUAAUGUACAGGACGAUGGUGGGGGCGGCCCACCCCGUCCUGGCUCAGAUCAAAUCUCCUCAGCCAUUCCUCGAAAUAUCCGCCCAAGAUAUCGAGAACGCUUCGACCGAUCUAUGCUUCGCCCAGACCGAAAUACUCCUUUUAAUGCUCAGAUUAUGGAACAUGUCACGGAUUGGGCUGAAUUAGGCUCGAUGAUUACGAAUGAUCAGAGACGGAACGAGGUUCUGGAUCGUGUCUUCGAGACUUUGAAGCAGGUUUGGUUCGAAGCUUUACGUCUCGGAUAUGAUUCCGGUGCCGGUGACAAAGAACUGCCCCGUACGAGCAAGCGAGCACCUGCUGAUCGUGGGAAAAAGUCAAUCACCCCUUCUCGGGUUUAUACAAUCCCACCGCCAAGACAACGCCACAAGAGAGAAAUGAGUCCAUCAAGCAUGCCGGUCUUGAUAUCGAAGAGUUACAAAGACUCCCAACGUUGGGCAGUCACGGCGGGAGAACUGCAAGAAGCCAGUGUGUCCGAGAAAAAGAUUCAAGUCUUGAACGAAGUUGGGGAAGUUUUGGAGCGAGAGAUAUCCCGGCGCGAUUGGUACCGUGUCAUGGACGCCACCAAACUGAAUCCCAGAGGGAGAAAUCUGUUUCUAUACUCUCUAUACGAAGUUCAGAUGUCACGACAGAGCCUUGCCCAUCUAGAGUUUCUAUAUCGAGGGUUCAAUCAAGUAACUCAAAAAUUGAAUACCCAGAGAAGAAUCGAUGAUGAAAAGGGACGCCACGAUUUGUUUAUGGCUUUGGCGUUGGAACUCGAUGAAAUGGAUUCCUCCUCAGUGUCUACAAGCAACGACCACCGCGCCGUUUGUGUGGGAAACAUUCCUGCUGCGGACCUACAAAACUCAAACCAGCCGAAGAAUCUCCUCGGGGAAUUUAUCCACAUGGUGGAAAUGUUGCUCAAUGAAACAGAUCCCGGAAGCUUAGUUGCAGUGUUUGAGGCUUCUGGGUUUCCUAGCGAUAACCUGGUCAAUAAUGACCUCCUGGAAGACCCAUCGAAUAAUUUUGACCGAGGCAAACACGCCCUGAGUGAACUGCUGGUCAAGGCAAGAGAACUACGGAUAUUAAUGCAGAAGACAGAUCAGGUCUUGGAGUUCGACCAAAAUUGUGUGAUCAGAUUCGAGACUUUGAAGAGCACGUUCGACAAAAAAAGAAAACACUAA